AUGUCGCGAGUCCGCAUUCCAACGGCGUUCUGCUUGUUACUGACGAUAGCAUUCUUUUUUGAUGAACUACUUGAGUUCCGCGGAGUCGCUCUCGCCGUUCAGCGCGAUGUUGCGGGAUCACGGCCCGUGUACAUCGGGGGCUUCUUCCCCAUCGGAACUCAUCCGUUCUUUGCGUCACUCCCCUCCACUGUCCAAACGGCAAUUGACCACGUCAACAAUUUGACGGGAAUUCUUGAUGGCUAUGAGUUGCGGAUGAGAUGGAACUGGACGCAGGGUAGUCCUGCAAAUGCUCUCUGGAUCUUAAAUGAUUUCAUCCAGAGGGGGCCUCCUGUUACCAUGGUGUGGGGGCCACUGUUCUCCACUGUUGCCGUGGUAAUGAACGAAGUACUGCCGCGCUAUGAUAUCGUUCAGGUAAUUACUGCUUCAUCUUCAACUCUCAAAGAUCGGUCACGCUACCCCUUGACGGUCCAACUAGCUAAUGAUGAAGAUCUGCUGAAUCCAGCUAGAGUGGCAUUUAUUAAACACAUAGGCUGGCGGAAAGUGGCACUCGUUUUCGAGGAUAACGUCUACUUCAGACAGAAUACGGCAAACCUGACUAUGAUGCUUGAAGAGAGCAAUAUCACUGUACUGACGACAGAAGCAGUGAGAGACGCAGGCCAUCCUGAAGAGCAGAUACAGAGUUUAAAGAGACACGAUGCCAGAAUUAUCAUUGCGAGUUUUUAUCCUGAACCAGCUGCCAAGUUCUUUUGUAAGAUCCACGAAGCCCAUCUUUUUGACGCCAAAUACGUGUGGAUAUUGCCAGGUUGGUACCCUGCCGGAUGGUGGCAAGAUGUACCUGGAGUAUCAUGCUCAAAUGAUGAAAUGGCCAGCGUACUGGAUUUGCACCUGGGAUUUUCUGCGAGUGAUACCGUGAGUGACGUGUCAUUGAUCGAUUUCAACGGCGUGAAGCCCUACUCUGAGCAACUGGACUUCCUGCAGCGCCUUCACGCGAUGGAAGACAAUGGACGAGACACCUAUUCCUACGACUGCUUGUUCGCCAUCGCAUUGGCACUAAACGCCUCUAUAGCUGAUCUUGAGCAACUAACACCGCCAAAAGGACUGGACGAGUUUAGUUAUGGAGACACUGACAUGGCGGCAAUCCUACUGAGGAAGACACUAAAGACAAACUUCAUUGGGCUUACCGGUCAUGUAGUGAUCAGUAAGGAGGGAUAUCGUAACAGCACUGUCCAAGUGGACCAAUUUCAAGAUGGCACUCUCGUUUGGGUGGGCACACACUCAAGUGACGGCGAAUACGUAGAGAUUACUAACAGAUCCCUUCAGUGGAAAGGAUCAUUCAUACCAGUUGAUGGCAAAACCGAGUUACCACAGGCUGUCCACCUGUCCUCAUCGUACGAGAUCGUCAUCUUCUCCGUGACAUCCCUUGGAGCUUUGCUUUCUCUGGUCUUCCUAGCGUUAAAUAUUGCCUUGCGUAACCAGCGCGCCAUCAAAAUUUCCAGUCCUUCGAUCAACAGUCUAAUUGCCUUGGGAUGUCUUCUUCUUUACUCAUCCGUCUUCGUUUCUGGGCUGAACAGAGCCGACUUUUCAGAUACAGCGUUUACCAUCCUUUGCUUCGUCGACGUGUGGCUGAUUUGCGUGGGAAUUUCUUUCUCAUUUGGAUCGCUGCUGGUCAAAACUUACCGCAUCUUUGCCAUCUUCGAGAGGGCAGUGGCACGGUUCAAGAAAAUCGACUUGCCGGACAAGAAGCUCAUAUCUGUGGUAAUGCUUCUAGUGCUGGUAGACAGUGUCACCGUUAUUUUCUGGGUGACCCUCGGGCAGCCGAUGGUCAAGACAAUCAACCUGGAACCACGGCUUUCGGACACUAUAAGCCCAGAGAAAGAGAUUUACAUCCUGCCAGUGCUGCGACAAUGCAGUUCCGUCCAUGAGGUCUAUUUUACCGCUGCCAUCUAUGGGUUCAAAGGGAUCCUUCUCGUUUUGGGUCUCUUCCUGUCUUGGGAAAUAAGAAACGUUAGCAUCAAAGGGCUCAACGACAGUAAAUACAUCGCUCUGUCCAUCUACGUGGUUACAAUCACCAUUGUACUCACAGUACCUACCCUACAAGUCUUCGUUUACAAUGCUGAUAUGCAUUUCUGCAUCUUCAGUACAGCCAUCAUCUUGGCCAAUACCGCUGUGCUGUGUCUGGUUUUCGUACCCAAGCUUGCUCUGUGCUACACCUCACGUGGAAAUCAACUCAGUACCAGCAUCAUGGAAUCUACGACCGCUGCCAGCGUCGCUUCUGCCAAACAGCAGUCUUUAUCUAGCAAGGAGAGAAACCGUCUGAUCAAUCUCAGACGGAAACUCUGCGAGAAAGAGGAGACACUCAUCGUCUUGCUGGCGGAGUACCGUGCAGUCAUCCAAGGAGAUUAGAGAAAGGACUCGGAGGGACCAGAGCACAUUAAUCCGAUGAGACUAUCAAAUGCCAAAUCAAAAAUAUCCACGAUAUUCAACGAAUCGCAUUGAUCUUGUGAAGCAUAACUUCGGAAAAUACAUUGUGGUGGAAAUAAGACACGCCCGAUUCACUGAUAUGGUACACACGACACGAAUUGAGAUAUCCAAAGGUCUACGCUGAGCUGGAAUGAAGAGCGCCACCCUGGGGUUAAUGAAGCAGGGAAUGACGCGACAAUUUCACAGGAAAUAGAUAGCCACGCAGUUUUUAGAGUUAGAUGUUUUACUUCUGGCAACAUGCCUUUUGCCAAAUAAAAAAAUACCUUUAGGUACUUCUAUGAGAACACAAUUUAAAAACAACAGUAUUUUUAAAUCUUCAACAAAAUGGAAAACAUUAGUGACGAUGAUAUCCCCUCUUCCUUACACAAUUUUUGCAAAAGACUUGCCCGAUUUUGUCGAUUUUUAAAAACAUCUUUUCCACUUCUGUUUCUUGGAGUAGGCACUUGAAUAACCACCACUUUUCAUAU